AUGGAUGGUGUGGAUAGUGGUGUGAGACCAUCUGACAAUAUGACUAAGUCCUCUCAAAAGGAGGUCUGCCAGAACACCGGUGACCACCCUUUCAAUGCACAUGUGGACCAUUUGUUUCAUAUGACCCCGAAGGAGUAUCCGCUGCCAUUUCUGGGCACCCAAGGUACUUCUGCUCCUGUGGCCCUUGGACAGGACCUUGCUGCCACUGGUGCUGCUGCUGAGCCCAUAGUAAGUAACAUGGAGGUCCCCAGGGAAGAAGAGGACUGUGGCUACUUUGACCGUUCCACCUACCUUCAGAAGCAAUUUGGAGCUAUGCUGCAGCCAGGGGUCAACAAGUUCUCCCUACGCAUGUUCGGCAGCCACAAGGGAGUUGCGAUGGAGCAAGAAAGGGUCAAGUCCAUUGGCGUCUGGAUCAUUCAUCCCUACAGUGACUUCAGGUUUUACUGGGACCUAGUGAUGCUCCUCCUAAUGAUGAUUAAUCUGGUCAUCCUACCAGUGGGAAUCACAUUCUUCGAGAACCAGAACACACCUCCAUGGAUCACUUUCAACGUAAUUACAGACACACUUUUCCUGCUAGACCUGGCCUUCAACUUCCGCACCGGUUUCCUAAAAGAAGACAGCGCCGAGAUUGUGUUGGAUCUGCGGGCCAUUCGCCGGAAGUACUUACGGAGCUGGUUCUUGGUGGACUUUAUUUCUUCCAUCCCUGUGGACUAUAUUUUCCUGGUGGCGGAUCUGGAGGCCCGUCUAGACCCUGAGGUGUUUCGCACGGCACGUGCACUGCGCAUCAUUCGCUUCGCUAAAAUCCUCAGCCUCUUACGGCUGCUCCGGCUCUCCAGGCUCAUUCGCUACCUCCACCAGUGGGAGGAGGUGAGGAGUCGGACAGGACCAAUCUUCCAUAUGACCUAUGACCUGGCAAGUGCAGUGCUGCGCAUUAUGAACCUGAUCGGCAUGAUGUUGCUUCUGUGCCACUGGGAUGGCUGCCUGCAGUUCCUGGUUCCCAGCCUGCAGGACUUUCCUCCAUACUGCUGGGUGGCCAAGAGUCACUUAGUGAACAAGACCUGGGGCGUGCAGUACUCCCAUGCUCUGUUUAAGGCCAUGAGCCACAUGCUGUGCAUUGGCUAUGGUGCUCAGGCCCCAGAGGGCCCCACUGAGGUUUGGCUCACUACUCUCAGCAUGAUGGUGGGUGCCACCUGCUACGCCAUGUUCCUGGGUCACGCCACCACCCUUGUACAGUCCCUGGACUCCUCACGUCGGCAGUACCAGGAGAAGUACAAGCAGGUGGAGCAAUACAUGUCCUUCCACAAGCUGCCAGCGGACUUGCGGCAGAAGAUCCAUGAGUACUACGAGCAUCGGUUCCAGGGCAAGAUGUUUGAUGAAGACGAUAUCCUCGGGGAGCUUAGUGAUCCGCUGAAAGAGGAGAUAAUUAACUUCAACUGCCGCGGCCUGGUGGCCAACAUGCCACUCUUUUCCACCACAGACAGCAGUUUUGUGUCUGCAGUGCUGACCAAGCUGCGAUUUGAGGUCUUCCUCCCCGGGGACAUCAUCAUCCGUGAGGGCAGUGUGGGUCGGAAGAUGUACUUCAUUCAACACGGCUGCGUGAGCGUUAUUACCAGUGACAAUAAGGAGAUCCGGCUCAGCGACGGCUCUUACUUUGGUGAAAUCUGUCUGCUAACACGGGGCCGCCGUACGGCAAGCGUCCGUGCUGACACCUACUGCCGCUUGUACUCCCUUUCAGUGGAAGGCUUCAAUGAAGUGCUGGAGGAGCACCCCAUGAUGAGGCAGGCCUUUGAGACUGUGGCUGUAGAUCGCCUGCAUAGUGUUCGUGACACACACAACGCACAACUAAAAGUCACAAAACAAGCCGGUGCUACAGCAGUAGGUGAAGCCUCCAGUGAAGCAGGGAAACUCUAG